CCUGGAGUUAAUGUCUUCGACACUCUGGGACAUUUUCCAUGGCUGCGGAUGAGCCAAUCCUAGGCUUGGAUGUUCAUGGUUCCACAACAAAGGGUUCAGUCCACGAGGUCAUCAAAGACCAUGGGGAUCGUAACAGGGGGGGUCGGAUUGAAUCCGAGAUGCUGAGGGUAUUCUUAACGGUCUCAAAUUCAGUGCCCCAAUUUGAUGAUACCGGGAGUAGCUCCAUUGAAUUCCUGAUUAUGUAUGAGGACCUUCAGUAUGCUGUCUUGGGUACUCUCUAGCCAACAAAUGAGGAUGGCAAUAGCUCGCUCCGUUUUAAGAUCCAGGUAAGCUGGAGGGCUAUGCUUAUUUCCUUCAUGGAUAUUGCAGACGGCGUUAGGGGUUUGGCUUUGAAUGGAAUUGAAAUGGGAUUUGAAUUUUUCUUUGAUAUAUUGGGUUUUGAGUUUGAGAAUCAUACCUUGCUUGCUUGUACCGGAAUGGAAUUUAGGUCAUAUCGUACCAACAAAUUGCUAAAAGGAUAUAGUUGUUUGAUUGGAUCUAACAUUAAUCAAGUGACUAGUCUGCUAGUUGAUGAUGGUACUAUUAUGCUGGCCUAUGAUGAUUCUUUUGUUGGUCUUGAGCACUCUGGGAUUAAGUAUGGUGGUGUUAAAGUUUUGGGAUAAUCAGGGAGAGGAUAGUGGCUUUAAUUAUAUCUAUUGGGAGGUGAAUGAGGGUAGGGAUGGUUUCUUUAGUGUUGAUGGUUGUAUAAAUUUUGAUGGAGUCUUUAAUCCUGAUGAAAAAUGGCUAGUUGUUUUGAGGCUUUGUGGUGACAUGGUCAAUGUCUGUGCUCUUAUGGAUGUCCCAGUGCUUAGUGGAAAUGUUGUUGUUCUUGGCUACAAAAGAUCAUUAUGUUGUAGGGGUUGGUGGGUGGUGGCUGUCCUCUAACAGCCACAGGCCACUGGGGCACCAUGACACAUGGAAUUUUUAAGGACCAAGGGAUGGGAUCCCCCUUGGCUCCUUUAGGGCUAAACAGAGGUAUACUUUUGGAUUCUAUCUAUCCUACUUUUCUUUAUUCUAAUGCAGAAAAUAACAAAAACUUAUCCUAGUCAUUAUGGUAUCUUGGUUGCUGGUAUCUCUUGCGAAGUAGUUGGGCUGUCUAUUUCUGGUAUAUUGCUCUGGGUUGCAGUCUCCCCUAGGACAUGGAUUGGAGAAUUCUUCUCUUAUGGAAGGUUCAUCUUCAUCUAUGUACCUGGAUGUAUCAUAGGUGGCUGUUUCGUUGGUGCUUAUGCUAUGUAGAAAGUAGAUUGGUCUUUGCUUCCCAAGGCUGCAGGUUUGGUUGCAAGUGUCCUAGGGUCUUAGGUGAUGUGGAUUAGCAUAUCUAUGCAGCGAUCCCUCACUGUUCCUUGCAUUUAUACCUGCUUUUGCUAUCCAAGCUGUGUGUUUGUGGUUGAGGAGUGCAGGCCGAUAGCUAGCUAUCGUGGAGAGGAAGAUGUGCGACUCCGGAAGGUUAGUAGAACCCCCAUCUUCUUAGUUGGACUGCAGUGGAGUCACCAACAGCCUUUAGAUUUAGUGUUUCUACUUUCUGUUAUUUUUUCCUUCUGUUUGUUGUUCUUUGUUUACGUAAAGACCUAUAGGC